AUGUCGUGGACUCCGGUGGACUUUACCUGUGUUCGCUACUCAGCAGUGGAGGGCACACACUAUUUCCAUGACUCCGCUUUUCCUACCUCGAUACAAUUCUUGUUGUCGGGUCGCUGGGAGCCUUGGGACGUUAGCUACGUAAACAAGGCCCAGGAUCCAGAUGUCCGACGCGUCGCGGAAGAAGCAGAAUUGCGACUUGUUCGGGAUCCUUACUCUGGAUAUACUCCAUGGCCAUCUCCGCCUCCCUCUUCCACGGGUCCUCCCCCACUAGCCCCAUUGCACGGCCACAACCCGUCUCUACCAAAUGUCAACCAAACCACAGGAGCGGGCCUCAUGACACCUUCCCCAUCUACGGUAGUCGAGCAUGCUCCUCCAGGAUCGCCACGAGAUUACAGUACGCCUUCAUCCGCGACAACUGCAAACGUCUAUGCCUCUCCAUACGCAUAUCAACCUACCGCGCCGAUUGGUUCUACUACAAUGCCGCCAGAAUCAACCCCUACCGCCCAGACAGCUCUGGAAAAUAAUACUCACCCAGAUCACACUAAUGCGCAUCCACCGUCUUCACAGUACAUCGAUCCUGCUCUCCGUGAUCAAUCAGCAAACCCAAUACCAGCACCACAAGCGAUUCUCUCGAGGACGAGAGAGACAAAGAUCCUGCUCUCGAUCGACGGCGACGGAAUUCGAGGACUGUCUGCUCUCCUUCUAGUCGAAUCGCUGGUGAAUGCGAUAUGUAUCAAAGUUGGACAGCGCCUCGACAGCCAUCAGAUCUUUGAUUUGACGGGUGGCAGUUCUCUUGGUGGAAUAAUAGCCAUCAUGCUAUGUCGGCUUCGAAUGCAAGCUCACCGAGCUAGAGAAGCAUAUAAGCAAAUUGCCAAACAAGUGUUCGAGAACAAAAGAGCUUACUUCAGAUAUCUCGACCCUCAUGCACAGGUAAAAGAUGUUGACGACAAAGCACUGGAGCAAGAGAUCAAGAACGUGAUUCAGAAAGAGCUAGGCACUUCAGACGAGGUACUCCUAGAUGGACGGCCAGACUCCGGCGAUGUGUAA